GUAUGAAAACAGAGGCGCUUUGACAGGAACAGAGAAGAUUUUGUGCUGCUUUAUAACAACAACAGGACUAAUACGACUGUGUUCUCAUAUGUCGAGGACAUGUUUAGCUGAAAAAGAAUCAACUUCGUCUCGCAUUACCGUCACCAGUGUAACACCAGGUUGUUUUCCCCUGUGUGUGCCUUAAAGCCCAGUGAUCUGUUGUUAUCUGCUAAUGCUCAUAGAAAGUUGCGAGUUAGCUGGCUAGCACGCUAACGUUUCAAGCGAGGAAGCGAUACUAAUUACUCGCAUGUAUUGGACUUUUUGUCCCUUUUUUCUCUUAGGUAAAGUUGACGUCGUGUAGCUUAAUGGAGCCAGGCAUAUUUAGUUUUAACGUUAUAAGAGUAGGAGCUCUGGCUAAGGCUCUGAAGUAGCAUCCGUAUAGUUAGCUUCCCAGUUAGCCGCUGUCACUGGAAGAAUGAGUAGAAAACAUCACAUAAAAGGAGCAGAAGUCAGCUGCUGUGUUAAAUAUGUCUUGUUUGGCUUCAACAUCAUUUUUUGGUUACUAGGAGCAGCAUUCCUGGGAAUAGGCCUGUGGGCAUGGGCGGAGAAGGGCGUGCUUUCCAAUAUAUCAUCAAUCACAGAUUUGGGAGGCUUUGACCCUGUGUGGCUCUUCAUUGUAGUGGGAGGGGUCAUGUUUAUCCUGGGCUUUGCUGGAUGCAUCGGUGCACUCAGAGAGAACACCUUCCUACUUAAAUUUUUCUCAGUGUUCCUGGGUUUGAUCUUCUUUUUGGAGCUGACUGCAGGGAUCCUCGCCUUUGUCUUUAAAGACUGGAUCAAAGACCAGCUCAACUUUUUCAUCAACAAUAAUGUCAAGGCCUACCGCGAUGACAUAGACUUGCAGAAUCUCAUUGAUUUUGCCCAGGAAUAUUGGUUGUGCUGUGGUGCUCACGGGCCUGACGACUGGAACCUGAACAUCUACUUCAACUGCACUGACAAUAACCCCAGCAGGGAGCGCUGUGGAGUUCCGUUCUCCUGCUGUAUCAAAGACCCUGCUGAAGAUGUCAUCAACACACAGUGUGGUUAUGAUGUUCGGCAUAACAAGGAUCUCGAUCGACAGAAGUAUAUAUAUACCAAGGGCUGCGUGGGACAGUUUGAGAAGUGGCUUCAGGACAACCUGAUUAUUGUAGCUGGAGUCUUUGUUGGUAUUGCACUUUUACAGAUUUUUGGUAUUUGCCUUGCCCAAAACCUGGUGAGUGACGUCAAAGCCGUCAAAGCCAACUGGUGACGUGAGGAGACAGCCUUUCCUCUCACUCCUCCAGGAGAGCCGAGCACACGUCGGCCCACCUGGGGGCCGAGAACCGUGAACAUGCAGCUCCGUCUACACUAGUACUAAGCUAAGCAGUACAUGCACACCUGCACAGACACUGUUUUCUUUCUUGUUUGACAAUGACACUUGAACUGGGAUGCAACUACCCCACCCGAAAGGAACCAAAUGAACAACACACGUACUUUGUUUACUGCUCAACUGGGAAUGUACCCAAAUAUACAGAUGACUAUAAUUCCAUGUUAUAUUCUUUUUCUAUUUCCAGUGAAUCUGAAUUAUUGGAUGUGUGUAUUUAUGCUGUUGUACAAGGACUCCUGUCAACUGGGAGGCUGAAAGCCAUGGCAGAAAGGAAGGACAAAAAUGAAAUAAAGGAACAGGGAGGGUACUUUUUGGUCAAGUACUCAGUUUUCACAAAGCUUCAAUCCACUUAGUAAUGGGCUGAAGAUCCCCUCCUGAAAAGAGCCUCUUAUUAUGUACUUAUUCCCACUUCAUGCUGCAGAGGGCUGUGGGUGGCUGGCCAACAACUGCACGUCAUUUUCUACACCAUGACCUUUUUUUGGCCACUUAAGACUAAACACUGGCUGGUCAAGUGGGAAUUUCUAAUAAUUUCAGGAGAAACACUUUAAAUUCUAAAUCUAAAUGUCAAAGUGCCAUUCAUUUUCAGUCAUAUUGUUCCUUGACAUGCACCAUUCCCCAGAAUACCUCAGAGCCUAGCUAAACCUGUGUGCUCUACUACAGGUUAAAUGCAUAUCUUUUUUUCCAUCCAUGUCCGUUAAAUGUCGGCGGUUCUUAAUGCAAGAACACAUUGACACUUGCAGUUGCAGUGAUUGUAUCGUCUGUUGAGAAGGCUGUUUUAUUAUACAGAAUGAUCUGGUUAAAGUUGCAGGUCUGUGCACUACAUGAAAAAGGGUUUAGUCCUAGAUUAUUUUAAUUCUAAGCAUCCUGCUAGUAAGUGGGAGUGCUGGUUUGGGGCCUUUUUACUUGACUUAUGUUACUACAUUAGUCUUACAUUUAUAUGUGUAUGUGUCUGCAAAGAUGAUUAAGCACUCAUUUCUUAGACAGUGGACAUUUUUUUCUAGGCUAAUUGUUCUACUUCAACUGGUUUUAUGCCUGACCGUUACUCUGCAACGAAAUGGAACUGUUCCAUAUCAUAUCAUUGAGUCCUGAUGGAGACCAAAUAUGUCCACAGUCGAACAGGCAACACUUUGUCUGGAUACAAUUUUGACUUUAUUUGGAAUGUUAACAAUGAAUAAGAAUUUCUAAAUAGAUAAAAUGUGAAUUUACUGUCCAGUUAUGUGUUCAGUGCCAGUUUAAAUGAGAAAUACACAAAAAUUUAAAAUAUUACAUUGUCGCUUUUAUCUUUAAUAUUGCUGGAUGAUUCUUUUUUCCUCUUUUCUUUGGAAUAGAACAUUUUAGCAUUAAUUCUGCUUUAACUUUGGUAUGUCUUCCUAUCACUACCACUUCUUCAGGUCGAUUGUGGUAUAUUAGUUUGCGUUGGGGCUGCACAGUUAAUCCCAUCAGUAGCUGGGAUUCCAUGAUAAAUUUGCGCAAAGGUUUAGUGAUAUUUUCAGGAUGCUGUUUAAAAAGGAGUUGUGAAAUGACAAUGUUUUCAUAGCAUUGUUGAAUGCCAGUGCUGGGUUUUCCCUCUUGCUAAAUAUAACCGUUUCUUUUUUAAUUAUUUUUUUGUUUUAAUCCAAUGCUGUCGUAAUGUCAUCGCUUACUACAUUUAACAAGCGCGCCGUCUCUUAUUUCAUGCACAUUUUUCCCACAGUCCUGAAAAUCAAUUUUUUUAAUUUUUUUUUUUUGUAUUUGAUCCGAAAGGUUCACCCAUGACUAACUUUGAAAAAUGUAUACUCUGCGGCACCCUGGUUGAAUAUUAAACAAAAAAAGGAAAAUGCAUGAUGACUGAGCAAUGCAGUCUAAUCAACACUGAAGUCUUAAAAAUGCUAAGAAUUUAUUGAAAGCCAAGAGUGCCAUGCAACCUUGUCCAUAUUCAAGCACGUUUUGCAUAAGAGUACAAACAUGGGUUCAUGGGUGAACGUUUUUAUUUUGGAAUGCCAUGUUACACUUUCUAUAUGUCACGUGACCCGUAAUAGCGGGAAAAACUGUUUCCAUUGCAGUUUUUUCAAAUUGCCAGAAAAAUCACGGCAUAUAAGCGUAAAUGCUUUUUUGUGAUAUUUGAAGGUUUUUUCCAAAAUUCGCCUGUUCUCUAUUUUUGUGUCUUGUCAGUGUGCUACUUCAGUUCGCAGAAUUAUGAGGGUAGUCGAACAAUCCCGCCUACAGUUGCAAUGUGACUCUGCACAAUUACCGUAUUUUCCGGAGUGUAAGUUGCACCUAUUAAAAAAAAAUGCCUUUUGAAGUUAAAAAAAAAAAAAAAAAACCCAUAUAGAAGUCACACUUAUUUUUCCAGUUUAAUCAGCUAUUUAAUUUGAGAUUUUUGUGCAUUGUUGUAUGUACUUUUUAUUAUUGGAAUUUAUUAUUUUAUUAUUGGAGAUUAUUUUGUUUAGUGUUUUGACUACUGAGAAAAUCCUAUAUAAGUAGUCAUAUUAUUAUGUUAUUAUUAUUAAUAAUAAUAAAUGUGUGAUUUAGCUGUAUAUGUCACACCAAUAUAAGUGGGAGGACCUCUCAAACUAGUACAAAACAAAUGCUACUUAUACUCCAGAAAGUAUGGUAUAUUAUUGUCAAAAUUCCUAUGAAUAUCAAUUUUACCUCAGAUUAUUUCAUGGCCACCCUGCCUGAGUCAAAUUCUCAGAUAUUAUUUUAUAUGAUACUAUUCAAAAAAUCUUGAGAUGGAAAAAAGUUUUAUGUGAGGUAAAGGUUAGUACAUCACACAGCAAUAUCAUCUAUUUUUGCGUUAACAGAGUUGUAAUAUAAAUGUUAAGCUGUGAUAACUUGGAAACUGAAUUACAAAACCUUACAAUUACCAUUAUGCAAAUCACAGUCACAGUAUUUCUUAUUUAAACUGCAGUUUCAUCCAGUAUGACAAUUUCAUCCAAUUGUGCAGCCCUAAUUUCUUUAUACAUGAGCACGCUGAGAAAUUACUUAAUUUCUAAACACUACGUUUACACUUUGGAAUUCAGCUGAUGUCACCUUUUGUUUUUUGCAAGCAAUUUCUAAGCUCUUGCAGCUUUUCUUUGUUGUAAUCCCGACAUAAUGUGUUGUUUUAUCAUGGGGUCAUUUGAUAAAUUAGUACCUUUGCCUGAAACCACUACUUUUGUUUGGGGAGGGAGAGGCGGCAACAGCAGCAUUUGAGUGGCGUUUGCUCGACCACAUAUAGCUGUCCAAGCAGUUACAUGCACAAUCACAAAACCCUGCUCUGAAUUGUACCAAGUAUAUUGAAAAAACAGUAGCAUUACUGUUACCUGACAGCACGUUAAAAUGUUCCUGCUCCACUGAGCCUGUCUGUCUUUAGAAUAUGUAGGAGUUCAGUAACGCCACCUGAUGAUCUCCUGCUGUGAAUACAUGACACGUCGCUGUCACCCACACGCUUGCUCUUCAAAACGCCACCUGAUCUGACUUGCACCCGCUUCCUAUGCCUGCCACUCUGACAUAUUUUUAAAUGUGUUUGGGGGGGGGAUAGAAAACAAAACAAACAAAACCCCCAUCUGUUCACUGCCGACAUGCGUGUUAAUGUUCGGGCAGAGUAACUCUGCUUCUCAUUUGUUUGCCUUUUGUCUCCCCCCCCAUUAAAUGUCAAGCCGUUUUCACCCGUAGUUGUCAGCGAUUGCCUGGUGUGAUGUGAAAUAAAUUUUUUUUUUUCCUGCUGUUAGUAUUUUUUUUGUUGUAAAUUGAUCUGUCCCACUCGAGCUUAUAUCAGGAUGAAACAUGGGACUGUUUUCCAGCCUCCUCCAUACCUUUCUAAUCUUUUAAAAAUGGGUUGUUUGAACCAGAUACGAUGUGAUUUAUUAGUUCAACAAAUGUUUGAAGCAUUUUCAUAUUUUGAAAACCAUCCAUAAUUUUACAUGCUCAGGGUCUGAACCAAAUCUUCUCUGCAAAAGUAGACAUUCAGCACUGUUGUGAUUAAAAUAGUUUUGUCGCAUGAGUGAUGGUAUAGACCUGUCUAAAACUAGAUGGGGGGGCUAUGUGGCCACCUCUGCUGCAACUCAAUUAAAAAAGACAGUGUCACUCUCCAGCUAAUGAUCAGAUCAGUAAAAACAAAGCACAGUAUGGCAGGAUUGAAUAUGCAGCCUCUUCAAAGACUGCGCACUGUUUUAGCAACUUUGUCUUGUUCUGAUAUUCCUUUUGUGCAGAGCAAAAAAAAUGCCACUUAUAUUUUUACUUUUACCACAAUGACAUCUUCAAAGCACUCUUAAUUUAUCUGCUUUUCAUGUGGUCAUGUAAAUCAUUCCCACACAGAAGCCUUAUGCAAGCCAUGAAUGAAUGCGUGUAACAGCAUGGACCUCGUGCUUGGUUUGUCAAAUUCUCUUUGCUCUUAUGCACCAAAAUGCAAACUGCAGAGUGACUUUUUUGGGAUAUGAGUGUUUUCCCUUUGUUGUUUAUAUUAAAUAUACAUGACAUACAGUGACAUAUGUAGGAUAUGUAAUAUGCAGUCACACAGCAUUCAACUCUGGUUUAGAUCCAUUAAAGCUGCCUUCACUUUCUGUUGAUUGACAUAUGGCUUCACAGAGUGAGUCAACUUUUAAAAUAUCCUUUAACACUGAUAACCAGGCCUCUAUGUUUUUAAAUGACUUUUUGCAUGCUCUGAAAACUCCAAAAUUGUCAAAUGUUUCUGUUAUUUGUUGCAAAAGUGAUUACUUAAUCUGAGUCUUAUUACAAAAAGUGUUUUUUUAAUAUAUAUAACUAUUUUGUUUGCAGGCAAAUAAUAUGGAUGUAAUGGUUUAUCAUUUGAGAAUCCACUUUCCCUUUAUUAAAGCCAGCAGUGGUAAAUUGUAUCAUGUCAGCUUUCUGCUUGCUAGUGAUUCCAGUGGAACACAUUAUCUGUCAUCUCUCUCAGUUCAGAAUGUCUUGCUCUAGUCGCUGGUCUUGUAAAGACACAUUGUAAAAGAUACCUGUGGGACAUUGUCUGUUACACUGUACAAAAUGUUAAAAUAUACCACUUUCAUAUAUUAAAGGCUUUAUGGUAUCAGA